AUGGCUACCAAAGAAGCCAAGGGGAUGCCUGAGGAGCACCCGGUUCAGGUGCCCACCAACUCGAGCAGUGAUCUUCCUCGCGGCUCUAUCAUGGAGGAGGAGACCAUCAAGAGGCCUUGGUACCAUGGCUUUAAGCAGCCUGGCCACGCUCUUCAGAUCAUCACCGCCGCCGUUCUUGCCAUCGCUAUUGGUGUAGUUGUCGCUACCCAGGUUGAUGAGAUCCCUGAGACUGCCAUCACACUCCUGGGUAUUAUUGGUAACCUCUGGUUGAGAGCCCUCAAGGCAGUCGUCCUUCCACUGAUCGUCUGUUCCAUGUUGCUUGCUGUCACCAGACUUCGACAAAUGUCUAACGGAGGUUCGCUGCUUGCAAAAUGGACUGUGGGAUACUACAUCAUCACCACCCUCCUUUCCAUCACGGUCUCUUGUAUCAUGCAGGGUCUUGUCUGGUCCAAGCAAUACACCGUGGUCGAUAACACGCCUUUGGAUGAGAAUGACAAGUCUCUUCCCAAUACCGAAGAGCGCCCAGUCGCUAUUGUCGUCCGAGACAUGUUCUACUCUUUCAUUCCCGCAAACAUCGUGGCUGCCUUGGCGAACGAUGAGCUUCUCGCCAUCAUCAUUGUUGCCAUUAUUGUUGGAUAUCUCAUCGAGUCCCCUCAUUCGCCCAUCAUCCGAGUCGCCGAAGAGAUCGAGCGCAUGAUCACCAAAGUCAUCAACUUCCUCAUUGCAGUGGCUCCCAUUGGUGUCUUCUUCCUUAUUCUGCCCAACUUGAUGAAGCUCGACAUUGGUGAGAUCGGCUCAAACUUGGGUAUUCUCAUUGGCGCCACCUUGUCCACCAUGCUCAUCCACAUCUUGGUCGUUGUGCCCAUCAUCUUCUUCGCCUUCACUCGAAUGAACGCCUAUUCCUAUUGGAUCAAGAUCUCCCCGGCUUGGAUCACGGCUUGGGGAUCGGCUUCAUCUGCUGCCACUCUUUCGGUCACCCUUCGAUGCGCCAAGGAGCGUGGUAUCCCUGCCAUCAUCUACAAGUUUGCUUGUCCCCUUGGUUGCCUGAUUAACAUGGACGGUACUGCCAUCUACCUCCCUGCUGCGUGUGUUUUCCUGGCCUCAACCCAAGGCAUAACCCUGGCACCCACCGCAUAUGUCAUUGUUGCUCUUCUGUCGACCUUGGCUUCGAUUGGUGUCUCUCCCAUCCCCUCUGCUUCGCUCGUACUCCUGAUCAUGAUUGCCCGCUCGGUCAACGUUGAGAUCACUGGAAUGUACGCUGUCAUUGUCGCCAUCGACUGGCUCCUCGACCGUUUCCGUACUGCGAUCAACGUUUCUGGCGAUUUGUUCGCUGUCAUGAUCAUUUACAAGCAGACCGGAAUCGAGGAUCCCCUAGAGGUUAUCGAGCAGACCGCCCAGGAGACUGAUGCGGCAGAGAAGGAUGCGGCCAACCGGGUCUAA